AUGGACAGAUAUCAGAAGGUGCAGAAGCCAAAGCCUGAAUCUCCAGUAAAUCAGAAUGAAAUCCGCAUUACUUCACAGGGCUUGGAACGAAGAGUAAGAGAGAUUGUCUUAAAAGCAAUGGGUCAGGCUAUAAGCAAGACUGUGGCUGUUGCAGAAAUCGUAAAGGUGGCUAUUUCAGGCUCCGACCCAUAUUUCUACAUUCUCCCUUUUCUGUACAAUGUGAAGAUUUAUAAAUGCUUUCCUUUUAAAACAGAGAAGGGUUCCUCGGCUUCAUCAGGACACCGCUAUCAGUUCAAUACCAAGCUCCAUCAAACACAGAUCAAAGUAGACAGCAGUACGAUUAUCCACCUCAACAACGCCAGCCUCCUAGACAAGCACAUGGAGGUUACAACUCUGAUACAUAUGGAUGGGGAAGAGGACGUGGUAGAGGGAGGGGCCGAGGCUGGAACAGAGGCGGAUAUUCUAACUACCGAGAAAAUGGUGGAUAUCAAGGUGGGUAUUCCGGUGGUAAUGGUGGAUAUCAGGGUGGCUACUCAGGUGGAAAUGGGGGUUAUCGUGGUGGCUACUCUGGUGGAUAUUCUAACUGGGGGAGAGGUGGCGGGCGUGGGGGUUGGGGCUAUCGAGGUGAUGGAUAUGGAAGGGGCCGAGGUGGCGGCGGCAGAGGCUUUGCACGAGGCCGUGGAAGGAUGGGAGGCCGUGGUGGGCCCAGGGGUGGCGGCAAUCAAGCAUAGUCGGGAGUUGGUUCUUUGUUUGCUCUUGGGUUUAAUACUUCUUGCCUUGCCCUUUUUUCAGUUGUAA